AUGACUUCAUGGUUUGCAGCAAUGCCACAACCACCAGCCCCCUCUAGUUCCUGGAGCGUCGCUCAGCCCAGGAAGAAGAGGAACAGAAACCGUAAGGAAAAACAACGCCGGUCAAGCACUAUAGACAGACAAAACGCAGGGGAAGCUGUUAACAGUGAACCCGACACGCAGGAAGGCAAGCGGGUCACCUCCGGAGAACGCACGCCCACAGACACUUCGGGAGGUACCGGGAAACCGACUGGAGCGUGGCAGUGG